AUGGAAGGUAACCUGCAGAAGUCUCCGCAGUUGGGGCAUCUUGCUGAUAGUUCUGAUGCAAAAUAUGUAUCUGGCCUAGGUACCAUAAUGGUUGCCACAAUUCAGGAAGCGAAAGAUAGGAUUUCGCAGAUAGAGUACAUAUUCUGCAGCCAACUUUUUCCAAAUUUUCAGUCAAGAUCUAAAAGCUGGCAGAAAGUGUAUCUGGAAGCAAUGGAAGCUGCAGAUGCAUGGAAAGAGAAGGAACAAGAUCUGUUACUCCAGAUUGAAAAGCUUCAGUUUGAAAAACAGCAAGUUCUCGAAGAAUAUCAGUCUCUGAAGAUGCAGAAGACAAACUUUACGAGUAUAGAAAACAUCUACCCCAACUGUGUCCAUGAGCUCCAAGAAGAAUUGAAAUGUAAAACUAGUGAAGUACUUGAGGGGAGUGAAGUGCAACAGAAUUUGCAGAAGCUUCUUGACUCAAAAGCCUCCCUCAUUCUUAGUCAAGAAAAUACACGGAAAGAGCUUGAAGAGACAAAUCUCCUUCUCCUGAAAAAGCAAAAAAAUGUGGAGGUUGAAGCUGAGAAAUUGCGGUUAGAGCUGAUGAAGAAGUCUAAGGAAGUUGAUGAGGUAAUGGAAUUGCGGAACAAGCUUCUCCAAAUAAAUCAAUCGAAAGCCUCUCUGAUAGUGCAUAAAGAAAUGCAAUUAAAGGAGCAAGAAAAGAAGGCAAAUGGACUCAUUUCCAAACUCCGAAGUAUGGAGAAAAAGGUUGAUGAGCUUCAGCAGGGACAUAGAGAAAAAACUGAAGAGUUAGAUAAGGUAAGGGAGUUGCAAGGGACUCUACUGAAAAAAAUUGAAAUGCAAGCCUUAGAAAUUAUGAAUAACGAACAGCUGUUGAAUAAGCAUGAGAAGGACAAAAGACUACUCACAGUCCAAGUAGAGAGUUUGGCGAACAGCGUAGAUGAGCUCCAGAAAGAACUUGGGACAAAAAUUAAUGAAUUGAAGGAGGAAAUAAAUGUGCAAGAACAGCUACGCCAACAGAUUAAUUCCUUUACUCUGGAAAGGCUGAAAAGAGAACAGGAAUUGGAAGAGUUUGAGAAGGAGAAGAAACAGCUUCUGGCCAAACAGGAAGAGUCAGAGGACAAAGUUGAUAAACUCCAACAAAAUCUGCAUGAGAUAAGUAAGAAGUCUUCUGAGGGGAUGGAAUUGCAUGGGACGUUACUGCAGCAAAUUGAAGCGAAGGAUUUGGAAUUACUGUCCGAAAAGAAGAAAAGGCGUGGUGUUGUUGCUGCUUAUAAGAAGCUGAAAUCUCAAUACAACUUUCUGUGCAAAAAAUGUGGUCUUACUCCAGAAAAUAUGCUCCCGCUCCACAAAUUAGGAGAUGAAAGUGAAAUUUUGAGGCAUAAUCACAGUCCUGUGACUUCUCACGACGCUGGAAAUAUAGUUUUAAAACCCGUUGACCCUGCUAAUGGAGUGUCGAAACAGAAGGGUGGCCAAGAAUUAUUGGAGGAUGAUAAAGGAGUUGUAUUCAUUCAAAGACCAAACUUCAUUUCACCUUCUACGUCAAGCGUUGCCAUUGCACCAAAAUGCCCAAACAGUGCAAAAUCUUUCCCCCCAGCUGGUACUAAACGUCCAGUUUCUUAUUGGAGGGAUACCAGGUCCCAUCAGAGCCGAGUUGGACCUGAUCCCCAUGAUGAUUUUCUUGACACCCCUUUGGAGAAUAUGAAAGGAAACUCUGGGAAGAUUAUGAAGGAGAAAACUAAUGAUCUUCCUGUGCCAGUUCCAGAGAAAAUGAACUUUGACGACUCGGAUGAUGAGACACAGAACAUGAACAUUGAUCCUGGUCCACAAAAGAAACAAAUGUCACCUCCAAAGGCUGGAACAUUGGGUUUCAAGUACAUAGAACCGGUAAGAAAGAAAUCUGAGAGGGAAAGUCUGAAGGGUAUACAAUGCAAGCAAUGCAGAAAAUUUUAUGAUGCUGUUCUACCUAACAAGGGUAAUAAUUCUGCUGGGAAUAAGCAAAAACAAUGUGAGCAUCAUGAUGGAGUUUCUAGGCAUCGAUAUAGGUACGCUCCUCCUUCAACCCCCGAAGGAUUUUGGAAUAUUGGAUUUGAAUCUGAAAUGUAA